AUGAACGUUACUGCACUCAAGCGAUAUAUUCCGGCCUAUACGAAGUCCAUUAGAACCUACUCUUCAAAAGCCGUCAAUGUGUCGUUUGAUAAAUAUGCCUUAAAGCCAUCUCAGGAACCGCCUGUCUUGAUUUGUCAUGGACUGUUUGGCUCCAAGCAAAAUUGGACCUCUCUCGCAAAAGCCAUGAGCAACAGAUUAUCAAGAGAUGUCUACACCAUUGAUCUUCGCAACCAUGGUGACAGCCCACAUACCGCUGAACACACCUACGAUGCCAUGACUAAGGAUUUAAUGGCAUUCAUAGAUCAACAAAAUUUAAAGAACCCCAUCUUGUUGGGCCACUCCAUGGGCGGAAAGGCAGUAAUGAAUACAGCACUAGCAUGUCCUGAUCUCGUAUCCAAACUGAUUGUGGUGGAUAUGCCUCCCGUCGCCAUGAAGCUCGCUCGCAAUUUCAGCAAUUAUAUCACUGCCAUGAAGGCCAUUGAAGAAGCCAAUCCCUCCAAACAAAGCGAAGCUGAUCAAAUUCUGUCUCAAUACGAAUCCAAUGUGGGCGUGCGCAUGUUCUUAUUGACAAACCUGAAACGCAUGUCAGAUGGUGCCUUGCGUUUCCGUAUCCCCUAUGAUGUUUUAGGAAAAUCACUGGAAAACAUUGGCGGGUUUCAUGUACCUGAAAAUGCAUUUUAUAAGGGUGAAACUCUGUUCAUUGCUGGUGGAGCGAGCCCUUACUUGCGUCCCUUCCAUGAACAAGAGAGGCAAAUCAAGCAGUUGUUUCCCAAUUCAAAGUUAGAGGUGGUGGAGGAUGCUGGGCAUUGGGUUCAUGCGGAGAAACCGGAUGCUGUAUUGAAUUUGAUCACAUCUUUUGUUCUGGAUCAAUAA